AUGCGGGACCCGCGGGGCGCCGUCAGUUCCUGCAGCAGCAGCCGCCGCCGGCCUUCAGCAGCAGACGCCGCCGCCCUGCAGCAGCAGCCGCCGCCAGGCCUGCAGCAACAGACGCCGCCGCCCUGCAGCAGCAGCCGCCGCCAGGCCUGCAGCAGCAGCCGCCGCCAGAGCCUGCAGCAGCAGCCGCCGCCAGAGCCUGCAGAGCAGCCGCCGCCAGAGCCUGCAGCAGCAGACGCCGCCAGGCCUGCAGCAACAGACGCCGCCGCCCUGCAGCAACAGCCGCCGCCAGGCCUGCAGCAGCAGCCGCCAGGCCUGCAGCAGCAGCCGCCGCCAGAGCCUGCAGCAGCAGCCGCCGCCAGAGCCUGCAGCAGCAGCCGCCGCCAGAGUCUGCAGCAGCAGCCGCCGCCAGAGCCUGCAGCAGCAGCCGCCGCCAGCGCCUGCAGCAGCUGCCGCCCCUGGACCCGGUACGCUCUGUGCUGCCCUGUGCUGCCCGUGCUUGUGCUGCCUGUGCCUGUGCUGCCCGUGCCUAUGCUGCCCGUGCCUGUGCUGCCCGUGCCUGUGCUGCCCGUGCCUGUGCUGCCCGUGCCUGUGCUGCCCGUGCCUGUUGCUGCCCGUGCCUGUGCUGCCCGUGCCUGUGCUGCCCGUGCCUGUUGCUGCCCGUGCCUGUGCUGCCCGUGCCUGUUGCUGCCCGUGCCUGUGCUGCCCGUGCCUGUGCUGCCCGUGCCUGUUGCUGCCCGUGCCUGUGCUGCCCGUGCCUGUGCUGCCUGUGCCUGUGCUGCCCGUGCCUGUUACUGCCCGUGCCUGUUGCUGCCCGUGCCUGUGCUGCCCGUGCCUGUGCUGCCCGUGCCUGUGCUGCCCGUGCCUGUGCUGCCCGUGCCUGUUGCUGCCCGUGCCGGUGCUGCCCGUGCCUGUGCUGCCCGUGCCUGUGCUGCCCGCUGCCCGUGCCUGUGCUGCCCGUGCCUGUGCUGCCCGUGCCUGUGCUGCCCGUGCCUGUGCUGCCCGUGCCUGUUGCUGCCCGUGCCUGUUGCUGCCCGUGCCUGUGCUGCCCGUGCCUGUGCUGCCCGUGCCUGUUGCUGCCCGUGCCUGUGCUGCCCGUGCCUGUGCUGCCCGUGCCUGUUGCUGCCCGUGCCUGUGCUGCCCGUGCCUGUUGCUGCCCGUGCCUGUGCUGCCCGUGCCUGUGCUGCCCGUGCCUGUGCUGCCCGUGCCUGUGCUGCCCGUGCCUGUUGCUGCCCGUGCCUGUGCUGCCCGUGCCUGUUGCUGCCCGUGCCUGUGCUGCCCGUGCCUGUUGCUGCCCGUGCCUGUGCUGCCCGUGCCUGUGCUGCCCGUGCCUGUUGCUGCCCGUGCCUGUGCUGCCCGUGCCUGUGCUGCCCGUGCCUGUUGCUGCCCGUGCCUGUGCUGCCCGUGCCUGUUGCUGCCCGUGCCUGUGCUGCCCGUGCCUGUGCUGCCCGUGCCUGUUGCUACCCGUGCCUGUGCUGCCCGUGCCUGUGCUGCCCGUGCCUGUUGCUGCCCGUGCCUAGUGCGCUCUGCUACUGUCUGCGCCCCCGUUUCCGGCUUUGCUCAUAA